CCAGCGUCCACAGUUCACUGCGCGCGCGUCGUGCAGGACACCACACCAUGGCACCUGCCGCCCCUGCUGCCACGGGCGCGGCGAGCCCCGCCGUCACCAAGGGCGGCGGCAAGGUUGCAGCACGCUCCGUCAGGCUGGGGCUGCCCGCGCUGCCGCCGCUGCCCGGCCUCAGCCUCGCCGCGCAGGGCCAGACCCGGGCCGCGUCGUCCUUGUACAAGCGGCUGGCGAGGGACGUGGUGGCCAUGGCCGCGGGGGAGCCGGCGGCGCCUCAGGCUGCCAACGAGGAGCUGACCGAGUUCGUCGACGCGUUGAAAAAGGAGUGGGACAGGAUCGAGGACAAGUACGCGGUGACCACGCUCGCCGUCGCCGCCACGCUUGGCAUGUGGAGCGCCGGUGGAGUAGUGUCGGCAAUCGAUAGGCUCCCCGUGGUUCCUGGUCUGAUGCAGGCCGUUGGAAUUGGAUACAGCGGGUGGUUCGCGUACCGAAACCUGCUAUUCAAGCCUGACAGGGAUGCUUUCUUUGCGAAGGUCAGGGAGAUCUACGAGGAUAUUAUCAGCGCUUAACAGAUGGGAGCACCAAUGCAAAGCUCAUCCAAAUUAAUGAAGUUCACUUUAAGACAUCCUUCUAGUUUGCUGCUGUUCAGUUGUUUUUGCUGUGAUGUAUUUCAGUGUAGCUUCUAAUUUGGUCCUUACUCAGUGCACGUAUGGAUAAGUAAUUUGGACGUUAAAUUU